AUGGCACCUACUAAACCCGUUCGCCAAAGUACAUCCGAUCCCAAGACAAGAAAACAGGACGGAAAGAAGGCCAACAAGGCGCGAGCGAGUACCACUCGCAAUAACGCAAAGAGCAAGCCAAACACCCGCAUUUCAAAGGCUACCGGUACUCAGAAAAAGGGGCCGAUAAAAGAAAAGGCCAAAAUAAAUGUGAAGAAGGAAAAAGACUCGGAAUCUCCCCAACCAAAUUCAUCCGCAUUGCUGCCUCCCGCAACAGACGAACUACCUCACAAUCUGGCACCUCUUACUUCAACCCCAACCUUGAAUCUACUUCAACCGCACACCCCGAGUCCGAAUGACACAAAGUCUACACUCGUGACCGAGGAACUUCAAGUUGACCUUCCCCCAACCACUGCCACAAAUCAACCCCAAUCUCCAAUUCCAGAAAUCAAGCCCAAAACCACAGGAAAGACCCGCCCCAAGCCCAAACUUCAAAUCACCCUCGGCAAAACACCCUUCCCCUCCUGGAACCACCCAACCCCAUCCCAAUGCGAAGAAAUAAACCAACUCCUCUCCUACGCCCACGGCGAACCAAUCGCACCAAAAACCAUCCCCCGCCCCUCCAUCGAAUUCGCCGGCUGCGGCGAAGUCCCCUGCGUCCCUAGACGCGCUGAUAAGAACUCUCCUCAGCGGCGCAACGAAGGAAUUGGGAAAGGCGGCGUUAACUGGGAGGCUGUUCGCCAGGCACCGCUGCGCGAGGUCUUUUCAACGAUUCAGCGGGGUGGAUUGGCGGAUAUUAAGAGUAGGAAUUUGAAGGCGAUUCUUGAUAUGGUCUAUGAAGAGAAUAGAGCUCGGUAUGGCAUGGAAGGCGAGCAGCAAGGGAAAAAGAACGAGUUAAUCUCGAACGAUACCGCGACCCUCACUGAAGAGCUAUCGCCCGAAACCGAAAUCAAAGCAGAAACAGAAGCAGAAGCAGAAACGCAAAAGUCCACCCCAGACAAAGAAAAAGAACACGAACUCGCCUCUCAAAACCUCCUCUCCCUAAACCACCUCCACAACCUCCCCACAGAAGAAGUCAUGACCGAACUAACAAAAUACCCCGGCAUCGGCGUAAAAACCGCCGCCUGCGUGCUCCUUUUCUGUCUACAACGACCGUGCUUCGCAGUCGACACGCACAUUUUCCGCAUCACGAAGUGGCUGGGUUGGGUUCCUGCGGAUCUAGCGACGGAGGUUACCGCAUUCCGGCAUUUGGAUGCGCGGAUCCCGGAUCAUUUGAAGUACUCAUUGCAUCAGUUACUGAUUAAGCAUGGGAAGUUGUGUCCGCGGUGUCGGGCGAUUACGUCAGAGAGUUCGGAGGGGUGGGGGUUGGGGUGUCCGAUUGAUGAGUUUUUGACGAGGACGGGGGCUAGGAAGGGUGGGCCGGUUAUUGUGGCGAGGAGGGCGAAGAGGACGAGUAGGAAGACUACUGCGAAGAAAGCCACUGAGAGAAAGGUUGCUACCCAGAAGAAGACUACAGGCGUUUAG